CAUUGACAUUUGGCCAUGGCAACCGUAUUUAAAAUCGAGCAUAACCUAUAAUUUUGCGCUGUGCAGGCUAUUUCAUGAUCGAUUAAUAUAAAGUAAUAAUACAAUUAAAAUGACACUAAUAAAUUUAUAUCGGAUAGCAAAUCUACCGAAGGUUUUGAAGAUCCUAAAUGUCUGCCAAACACAGCCAUAUUCCUCCCAUGUAAAAUUUGCUGAGCAUAAAGCUUUGGAGAAAAUAAGAAAUAUUGGUAUCUCAGCUCACAUAGACUCUGGUAAGACAACUCUUACAGAGAGGAUAUUGUUUUACACAGGUCGGAUUGAUGCUAUGCAUGAGGUAAAAGGUAAAGACAAUGUUGGUGCGGUUAUGGAUUCAAUGGAAUUAGAACGUCAAAGAGGCAUAACUAUUCAAUCUGCUGCUACAUACACAAUUUGGAAAGACCAUAAUAUCAAUAUUAUUGAUACACCUGGCCACGUAGACUUUACAGUUGAAGUGGAAAGAGCUUUACGUGUGUUAGAUGGUGCAGUUUUAGUACUAUGUGCUGUAGGAGGAGUACAAAGUCAGACGUUAACGGUGAAUAGACAAAUGAAACGCUAUAAUGUACCUUGUCUUGCUUUUAUUAACAAGCUGGAUAGGUUAAGUGCGAAUCCAUCAAGAGUAUUAAAACAGAUGCGCUCAAAGCUGAAUCAUAAUGCAGCCUUUCUUCACUUACCUAUUGGUUUAGAAAAAGAAUGUCAAGGUAUAUUAGACCUUGUGCAAGAGAAAGCGAUGUAUUUUGAUGGUGAUUAUGGUGAGAAAGUCCGUUUGGAUGAGAUACCACAAGACAGGAGGGCAGAAGUUCAAGAGAAACGUCACGAAUUAAUUGAGCAUUUGUCAAAUGUGGACGAAAAAUUGGGUGAAAUGUUUUUAGAAGAAAAAACACCUACCAUAGAUGAAUUGAAACAGGCAAUCCGUAGGGCUACAUUAAAACGUGUAUUUACACCAGUACUUCUAGGUACAGCGUUAAAAAACAAAGGUGUACAACCAUUACUGGAUGCGGUACUUGAAUAUUUGCCACAUCCAGGUGAAGUUGAGAACACAGCUAUAUUGAAUGAGAAAAAGAAUUCCGAAGGACAAAAUAUAUUACUGGAUCCCAGUAGAAAUGAUAAGAAACCAUUUGUCGGUUUAGCUUUUAAGUUGGAAUUGAGUAAAUUUGGACAAUUAACUUAUUUAAGAUGUUACCAGGGUAUGUUGAAACGUGGAGAUAAUAUUUUCAAUGCUAGGACUGGGAAAAAGGUGAAAGUGUCUCGUUUAGUACGUAUGCAUUCCAACAAUAUGGAGGAGGUGAACGAAGUGCUAGCAGGCGAUAUAUUCGCGUUGUUCGGUGUCGAUUGCGCGUCAGGUGACACGUUCGUGAAUGAUGGCAAAUUAAACCUGUCAUUGGAAUCGAUACAUGUCCCCGAUCCUGUCGUCUCUAUGUCAAUUAAACCAAAGAAUAAUAAGGACAGAGAUAACUUCUCGAAAGCGGUAGCGAGGUUUACUAAAGAAGAUCCAACAUUCCAUUUUCGCUAUGACGGCGACAACAAGGAGACGAUAGUUUCGGGUAUGGGCGAGCUGCAUUUAGAGAUAUACGCUCAGAGAAUGGAAAGAGAAUACAAUUGUCCAGUCGAGUUGGGAAAACCUAAAGUUGCCUUCAGGGAAACUAUGAUGUCUCCGUGUGAGUUUGAUUAUUUGCACAAGAAGCAGUCUGGCGGCGCGGGGCAGUACGCGCGCGUCAGCGGCGUCAUGGAGCCUCUACCUCCGCAACAGAACACUAUGUUAGAAUUCGUGGAUGAGACGAUAGGUACGAACGUCCCGAAGCCGUUCGUGCCGGGCGUGCAGCGCGGCUUCAUCGACACCUGCCAGAAGGGCUACCUCUCCGGACACAAGAUAUCCGGCGUCAAGUUCCGCCUGCAAGACGGCGCUCACCACAUCGUGGACUCCAGCGAACUCGCCUUCUUCCUCGCCGCUAAGGGGGCGGUUAAAGAUGUAUUCGACAACGGCAGCUGGCAGAUCUUGGAACCUAUAAUGUUUGUGGAGGUGACGACGCCCGAGGAGUCGCACGGCACGGUGAUCGGGCAGCUGAACAAGCGCGGCGGCAUCAUCACCGGCACCGAGGGCUCGGAGGGCUGGACCACGAUAUACGCUGAAGUACCACUCAACAAUAUGUUCGGAUAUGCUGGAGAAUUGAGAUCAAUGACGCAAGGCAAAGGCGAGUUCAGUAUGGAGUACAGUCGGUACUCGCCGUGCUUGCCCGACGUGCAAGAGAACCUCAUCAGGAAAUACCAGGUGGAGAUGGGCAUAUUGCCCGACCAGAAGAAGAAGAAGAAUUAAAUCCGCCUAUUUAUAAUUUUAUUUAUUAAUAAUUCUAAGUGUAUAGAUCGAAUGUGAA